ACUGAGGCUGUGAGGUGUUCAGAAAAGGCUGAGAGACUCUGAAGGAGAAAUUCAACACACCAGAUCCAGAGAAAGCAGCAAGAUGAAGACCUUGGUUUGUUUGUCGAUCUUCCUCACAGUUUUUCUCCAGCUGUCCAGCACUGUGACUGUCACGGUAAGAAAACAUGACAUCUGCCAACAGAAACUCUGGCAAAAGUCUUAAAAUGUUAAGACUUAAAAAUACAGAGAAAAAGAGCAACAUUUCAGACAGCUCAUCUGUAGUUACAUUUGUAGUUUUAACUUCUGUUUCUUCACGUGAAAAUGUACAUUUUAAAACUUCAACUCACUAGACAAAAAGGGUGAAACUGUAAAGAAUCUCAGACUGGCAGAUGGACAAAGUGCCUCCUUAUCCAGUGUUGGAAAGCUGUGGGUGGGGGGUUUAUCUGAUGUGUCUGAUAAUCGCUUCUUGAACAGUUAUUGGCCUCUUAACUUUACAAACCUUCAGAUAAUGAAGUGGGUUACUGUUCUGACUCUGACUCCAGAUAACAGGCUGUUCUUGAAGCACAGGAACCAAAAUGUUUUACAUGCAAGCCCACAGCAAUAACUGAAGGCUGGGAUUGGGACAUGCCUGAAUUGGAACAAGUGUGAUGGAAAUUUGGUAAUUCCAUAUACGCCUGUAUUCCCACAGACAUCUUUUUCAGAUUUUCUUACAGUAUGAGGUCUGUUAGGUCAAGCUCAGGCUAGUAGUAGAGUAAACUAUUGCUUUUGUUUACUGUAACUCAUGUACCAUGUCAACUUGUAAAAAAUGUAACCUCAGAAAGACAUCAGAUGAACAGUCUAGGACUGAAAGCUGCUGGGAGAUGAAAUUUUUUGGGGAAAAAAAACAGAGAUAAUGCCCUAUUACAAACCUUGAGUAGAUCUUUUAAGUAUAACAAAACAAGAGGGUCAAGAGUUGAACCCUGAGUACCCCAUGCAAUUGCUUGGCUCUGAUUGUGUUUUACCCAUUUAAUAUUACUUUAACCAUUAUAAAGGAAAAAAAUUAAAAAGCUUUUUUUUUCUUUAAGGAUCUGAUUGUCAAUGUUGUCAAAAGCUUUUGACAGGUCCAAGAAAAUGCCAGGAGAAAAACUUAAGUCAUCUAAGUUUGAAGAACUUUCAAGAACAGGCUGCAUAAGAGCUGUUUCUUUUCUGAAAACCUUAUUGAUACUUUUACAACUGUCAUCCAAAUGUUUAUUUUUUUAAUUGAUGUACAAGAUUUUUUAUGAUUUUCUUUUAAAAAACUUUAUUUGAACCAGUAACUGGUCAAUUUGGUGGAAUCACCUGUUUUAAAUAGGGAAUGGGGAAACCAGGUGGUCGUUUAUUUGUCAAUCGGUACCUAAAAACACACCCUGUGCUAUCUGUUUAACACCAAAGCAACUGUAAGAAACUGAGACCACUGAAUCACUAAAAAAAUAUUUACCAAGGCAAUUAAUCAACUCAGCAGCUGGCUCAUUUCUCACUGACUUCUUCAUUGCCUAGCAUCUUUCUCUAAUAGUGGGGUUGACCUGUGCCGGACAUUAUAAAGAGUGCAGGUUCUAACAGCACUGGUUCUGAAACAAGAAGGCAAAAUGCACUUAAACUGUACCUUUAGGAUUCUAAAAAUUACAAUUAUUUGUGUGGAUUACUUGUCUGCUCUUGCAGCAAAAGGUGUGAAAUAAACCCUGAGGUGGACAAAUGCAUGAGCCUUUUACAUAUAAUGCCAAAGAUGUGAGUAUUCACUGUUGCUGUGUUUGAGAUCCUCACGUGCAAACCUGUCACCCCCUGCAGGAAGGAGACUUUCAGUUCUCUCUUGAGUCGGUAAAAGCUCUUGGUGCUCUGAUGAACGGAGUCGGUUCCUCGGCUGAUCAGAAGCUGCAGGCCAUGGUGGUCAAAGCAGCAGCUGUGUGUUCACAUCCUGAUCUACCCGAAGACUUCAAACCCUUGUGUCUGAGGAAAGACGCUGGAGAGUCUCUGGCUCGGCUGGGUAAAAGCUUUUUUUUUUUUUUUUUACAAUUCACAUAUAAUCCAACAGUCGUCAAAGUUAUUGUGUAUACUCUAUGAUAGCGGGAAAAGUCAACAGGCGAUUUUAGUUUGUACCCACUGAAUAAGUUAAGAGUGGAGACAUGGAUAAACAGGAAAAGACAAAAGUUAAUCUGCCAGUUUCAAAUGUGUCUUUAAAAUGACAGCUAAAAUCUGAGGGAUCCUGAAAUGAUUAACUUAAGAUCUCUCAAAAUGCCUCUCCAAGCUGAAGGAGCACAGGAAGACACUCUUAUUCUCCAAAUGAGUGAUUUUAAUGCUUCAUUCAAAGGGAAACUGUAAGUAGACUCACCCAGCGUGUUGCUGAUAAUCCCUCGUUGCACAGGUGAAGCUCAGAAGGUCAAUGUUAAUGCAGAAAGUGGAAUCAGGAGCAGUGAAUCAUGUUUACAGACAGUUUUAAUGAUACUGUCUGUUAACAUCUGAAUAAACUCGAGGUUUAAUCUCUAAUCCAAAACGAUGACCUCCUAAUGAUCAUCUGUGGUGACAGGACGCAACAUCCUCAUCCUUUAUAUUCAUACAGAUCAAUAAUGCGGAUAUGUGGUUAAAUUUUAAGAAGGGGUUUGAGCUUGGUGAGGUUAGGACAGUGUUUUUCAAAGUGGGGUCCUAAUGAGAGGCAUGUGUCUUCAGACCUGGAGACUGCAGAUUCAGGACUGCAUUACUGACAUCUAGUUGUUUACAGCAGCACCACCUAGUGCUCCCUACGACUGCAGCUUAAGGUGCUAUCCCAUAAAUUUCUCCAAUAGUAUUUUAAGUGGAAAUAAAUGCCACAAACUGGAUGCAUUGUGGGACUUUUUUCAAGGCUAAUACCACAUAGCUGCAGUCUCACAGAUAAAUUUUAAGUCAGGCAUACUGGUCUUCUUUUAUAAUGUCUAACCCACACCCUUAUUCUAACCACAAAUGCCAAAUACAGGUCCUUAAAUGCAGUCCAAGAAUUCCAGUCCUGAAACUGCAGCCUCUGGCUCUGCAGACACAUCUUACAGGGAUUUUAGACUCCAGAGAAUUGGCAAAAAUAUUAGAAAUAAUUUGUUUUCUCUCUCUCUCAGCUGACGUAGCAUCCAACGCUGACGUCUGUGAGAUCUGUCAAUAUGUGGCCUGCACUGGCUGCUGAAGGAAAUCUGCAUGAGUGCUACCUGUUGGAAACUACGUCCAUGGAUCAGAAAUUUAUAUAAAAGUAUAAAACAGUCAUUAAAAACUGAUUCAUUUUUUAUAUGCUGUGAUUUUAUUGUUUUCUGGGUUUAAUAACUGGAUGUUUGUGAGUUGGAAGUCUUUGAUUUCAAGAGCAGAAUAAAUCUGGUCAAACAUUUGUACAUCUUGUGAUUGUUUUUAAAAAACUUUUGUUUUUUUCAUAAAAUGAUAAUAAACUGUUUGCAUAAUUGCACUUUUUCUUCUUUCUUUGGGAAACAGUCUGAAUAUUUCAGAGCAGAGUUAAGUGGAGCUACACUAUAGUGAAGCCGAGCACAUAAACUCUUGAACUUGGUUUGAAUUCCUGACCUCAUACUUGACAGCUGUUGUACACUUGUGUGAUUGAUGGCUGUUGUUUUUAGAGCUUCAGUGUGAGCAAAGAACAGCUGAAGUUAAAGUCUCCACAGAAAAAUACAAGGCUGUCAGUAUUUUUCAGGUCAGGUGUGUCACUUCAGUCAUAGUGACAGCAGAUGAGUGGACUUGUGUGAGUAAUGCUCUUUGAUUAAGGUGAUUCUGACACUCAAGAUUUCUCAUCUUUCAUCCCUUAUUCUGAGUCAAUAUUUUAGUCCCCCUGAACCAAAUCCAAGAAAGAAAAUCAGACAUUUGUUAAAAUAUCCAACAUUUCUGAAUGCAGUCUAGUUCUCUCUCUUCUGAUGUUUGUGGCUGGAGAUGAAGAUUUAUUAAAUAUAUCUGCACCAGUCAGACAACUGAAAAAAAAAAUAAGG